GAUGAAAGCCUCUCCCCUGCCUCUCUCUCUCUCUCUCUUCAAUAGCUAGCUUCUCAAUUGUAAAGCAUACAAGUACCCUUGGAAACCCUCCGGAGAAUUGCUCUCUUUAUAGCCUUUCGGUGCUUAAAUUCAACAACUACUUCCACUCUCUCCCUUUCUCUUUUCCUCUUUUCCUGUUUCCUGAGAACUAUAAAAUCAGAGCAGUGUUUCUGGUUCCUGGGCUAAUCAUUCCCUGAUCUCCCAUUGCUCGAAUCUAUUUUAUGCUCUAAGCUCAUACCCAGAAAUCAAAAGCUGCAGCACGAUUAUCCUUGAAGCCUACACACAUUCUUCCUUCAGUUGAGCUCAAAUCAUCAAAUGGUGUCUGACCCAAAUCCCUUCCUCUGUUGUUAAACUGCUUUGUUUCAGCUAGGAGAUUUGCAGCCAUGGCAGUUGAUGUUUGUGCAGAGAUUUCUGGUAUUGUGAUUAGUCCCAGAAUAUCAUUUUCCCAUGAUCUCAACCAAGCCGAUGUCGUGCCAAUCGAGCAGUACCAGCGUCGAUCCGAUGCGUCUCUUUUGGAUUCGAGUUCCGAUUUCGAUUUCUGCACUGGGAAAAACUUCACACUGCAGGAAUUCUCCCCUGCAGAUGAGCUCUUCUCCAAUGGAAAGAUCCUCCCCAUUGAAGUUAAGAAAAGGCUCAUGGCCACAGAUAAAUCCCACUCCCACCAAUUGAAGCCUACUGAUCUGCCUCCUCCUCCUCCUCCUUCCCCUUCACCUACUAUUAAUUCUAUCCCUUCCUCCACUGAGAAUUCAAGGAAAAUGAUGUUAAAAGAAUUGCUGUCCACAAGCUCCGAGGCAGAUGAAAAUGAGAAGCCUUCUUCAAGAUCCUUUUGGCAGUUCCGGCGAAGCAGUAGCCUCAACUGCGACAACAACCGGACCCGAAGCCUCAUUCGCCCUCUGCAUUUUCUCUCACGAAGCAAUUCGACUGGUUCGACCCCGAUUCCUAAACAAACAAUACUUCCCAGUAAGGAUAGCCAGAAGCCGCAUUUGAGGAAACAGCCAUCGGUUUCGUGUUCAAAGCCCCCGGCAUCGAGUAAUAAUAAUACUGCAUAUCAUUCUUCAUCAUCUCAUCAAAAGACUCCGCCAAAGAAGAGUUGCAGAUCUUACGGCGACGGUGUUCGAAUUAGUCCUGUUCUGAAUCUCCCUCCUCAGUACAUUUCCAAAGCAACAGUGGGUCUCUUUGGUUUGGGUUCUCUGUUCUGUAAUGGAAAGGAUAAAAAGAAGAAGAAAUGACUCAGAUUUUUCAUUCUUCCAUGAUCAUCAGCACACUUCGAAGAACAGAUGUCAUGGAUGCUGCAGUGGAAAUGAUAACAAGAAGAAGAAAUGAUUCAGAUUUUCCAUGCCGUGAUCAUUAGUAUUCAUCAACAACAACAAAUCCUGAGGAUGCACCUGCUUGUCCACCGGUCUUCAUCUGUGAAUACUGCAAUCAGAAAUUGUAAUCAAGCCCAUUCAGAUGAACGAUAAUUCAAUCCCCAGAAAUGCUGAAGACUGCGAAGAUCUGAAAGAUUUUAAAAAAUAAUAAUAAUAAUAAUCAUAAUGAAGAAUAUGAUGACGAGUUAGGAUUGUAACAGGGGAAGGUGAAUAUUACAGUGGAUGAAGUAGAUUGAUGGUUUUGGAAUCUUUAUCUAUAUGAUGUCAAAGGGUUUGGAGACAAAAGAACAAGGUAUCCAUCUUUAUUGACUCUCCCAUCCUUUAUUUCCUUCUUCCCUUGUGAAUUGUUUGUGUACUUUUUAAUGUCACUUUCUUUUGUUCUUCAAAACCUUGAAGGCUUCCUUUGGCCCAUACAUGUAUUAUAUAAUAGCAUUAUGCUUUCAUA